AAGAAAUCUCGCGAGAUUUGGGGCUCUGGCGAGACUUUGGAUGGGAAGGAGAAGUUUUGCACGGGCAGGAUCAGUGUUGUUGUAGUGUUAGGGAUUAUACGGCGCAAAUUCUUUGCUUUUCCACCUUUCAGAAGUCAAGAUAACGGACUAGUGUCGAUUUCUCAUCUACAGCGCGUUUUAUUCAAGGAGAGAUGAGCUUUUUAUUUGGAAGCCGCUCGUCAAAGACGUUCAAGCCGAAGAAGAACAUUCCCGAGGGCUCACACCAGUAUGAGCUACUGAAGCAUGCAGAGGCCACGCUGGGCAGCGGGAACCUGCGCAUGGCUGUCAUGCUGCCCGAUGGAGAGGACCUCAAUGAAUGGGUUGCAGUCAACACUGUGGACUUCUUUAACCAGAUCAACAUGCUGUAUGGGACUAUCACAGACUUCUGCACUGAGGAAAGCUGCCCACUAAUGUCUGCUGGACCUAAGUAUGAAUAUCACUGGGCCGAUGGAACCAACAUAAAAAAGCCAAUUAAAUGUUCGGCUCCAAAGUACAUUGAUUACCUGAUGACUUGGGUCCAGGAUCAGCUUGAUGAUGAGACACUUUUCCCUUCAAAAAUAGGGGUCCCUUUCCGAAAGAACUUUAUGUCGGUGGCCAAGACCAUUUUGAAGAGACUCUUCCGUGUUUACGCUCACAUCUACCAUCAGCACUUUGACUCUGUUAUCCAGCUGCAGGAGGAGGCACACCUCAACACCUCGUUCAAGCACUUUAUCUUCUUCGUUCAGGAGUUUAAUUUGAUUGAUCGGAAGGAACUAGCACCCCUUCAGGAGCUGAUCGAGAAGCUCACGUCCAAGGACAGAUAAAUCUGCCCUUAACAUCAACAUCUUCUCUAAUUUUUCUGUACAGGCAGCCCGGCUUUGUUCUCUCUGUGUUUGACAGGUGUGUGGGAAU